AUGCACGUGCGAGCGACGAGGAAUGAGCAUCCGCACCUCCAGGGCAUGUCUCGCCUCUGCGCGGCACCUCGACUGCGGCGCCUUGGCUGGGGCGCCCCGACGUGGCGCCUCUCGCUGAUGCUUGCUCUCUGCCACCAGCAGGUGACUACUGACGAAUCCCCCAGCUGUCCGAGAAAGUGGCAUCGUCCUCCUUGCACCCUCAUGGUUCCCCUCUCCCUUUCCCUCUCUCCUCCGUCAUCGUUGCAUUCAGAUCCCGGAUUCUUCGAUCCCGAGCCUCCCACAAACCUGGACAGCCGACAGAGUGCCUGUGAGCAGCGAACAGCCCCCGACUCCGGACCUGCUUGUGCUCACUUGUCAUCCAGGAUCCCGGCGGCAACGAUGGACCAGCCCCCCCUGGGUCAGCGUCUCCCGGCGAAGCACGAUGGAGGAACCGCUGGCGAGCUCGUCGACCUCAGUUAUCAUGCCGACGGGACAUGUAACCCUGCUGCCGUGUUCAACCAGGGCACCGCCGCUGGACACCAGCAGGAACAGCACUCCCGCCUUCUUUUCUCCUAUUCAUACCAAUGGAAGGACAGCCCUCGCACGGCUGUGUCCGAGACGCCGAAUAGACUCGACGCCGCGUACGAGGAAGAUGACCCCUCCGAGUACGACACGGACCUGCCGAGCCCCCAGGCCUAUCGUGAGCCUCGCGACCAUCAGCAGAGGAGCCAUACAAACGUUGAUUCGCAGCGGCACGCUCCCUUGGACCCUGCUGCCUACAAUGGACCCCAUGACAUGGUGCAAGCCCCCUGCAAUGAUCGUGGGAACGACGGCUCCUCCUAUAAAGCAUCCUUGCUUCCCGAUCCUAUCGUCUCGGCAAUCCUUGACGAUCCACCUUUCCUCCCGCCUAUCUCUGGUGAUACUUCCAACCCCUACCUUACUCACCUGCAGCAGCAGCAAUACCAACAACAUCGGCAUCAGCAUCAGGAUCAGCAUCAGCAGCAGGACCAACCGUAUCGACAGCACCCGCAGUACCAGCAGCAGCAUCAGGCUCGAGAGCAGCAGCAGCAGCGUCAUCAGCAGGAAUACUACUACCCUCUGGACAACGCCGCGCCUGCCUCGCUCUUCAACGCUACCGGCGGAGUGCCCUGUGGAGGAUCCCUACCGGGGCCAGGUCAGACCGGUGUCUCCGACAGUGUUGGCCUGUCAUCAAGGGGAGAAAUAUUGGCCCCUCCGGCCCUGACACACCUACCUUCCGUCGGCGAUCCCGACUCGGCUUUCCAAAUCUCCCUAUCCGGCCCUCCGCUAUCAAGCCAGACGUUCAACCCGAUCCAGGCGCUGAGCCCAUAUCCGUGCUUGAACCCCACCCCGAACGAGCCAUCCGGUCAUACUGCGCAGCAGUAUUCCGACUUUGAGCUUCAGCAGCUUUAUUCUUCUCAGCAAGCGGGCUUGGCCCUCACCUUCGAGCCAUCCCCUCAGUUGACCAUGGGCGGAGGUGACGUCUUUCCGCCGCAUUCUCAGCCUAGCGCUGCUUACAAGGCUACCGACGAUGCCGCCGACUCCUCCCCGUUCGAUUCCCGAGCGGCAUUGCCGCCACCUUCGCUACCACUCGGCACCGAGGAGCUGACCUUGGGGUCGUGCAUCAACCCGGAACAGAGCGACGGUGCCGGCUCAUCCCUCGAACCGUACGGCAUGGUUCAAUGGCCCAAGACUAGAUCCGCGUUCGAUGAUGCAAGACGCAAAGAAACGGCAGACACCAGGCAUCGAAACGCGUGCCUGAGGUGCCGAGUCCAGAAGAUUCGUUGCCAAAACGAUCCGGAAAAUCCUGGCGGAGAAUGCUUGGCGUGCCAGAGGUUCUCCAAGACGUCCAGGAAGACGAUCCAUCAGAUCUUCUGUUGCAGGAACAAGCUUACCGAUGCCGUGCUCUUCCGCAGCGGCGGGCUCAACCUGACUGCCCGUUGGUCGGGCACAGCCAUACGGGACGUCUCGGCCGCAGACCGGAUCAGCGGCGAUGUUCGCGUCAUCUCGUUUACUCAAGGCAUCUGUGGGACUCCCAUCACGAUUCAAGUCGUGAAAUUCAACACCCGGCCUGGCGACGUCAUCGCCCGCUUCUGGACGGUUCGUGAUGGCGCCGAAGGGUUUGAAACGCGCAGGCGAAAGGAUCUGGCGGCAUACUGCCUCGUUGAUGCUUGGAGCACUGCGUCGUAUUUUGAAGAGUAUGUCACGACGAAUGCGAUUCCAUCCCUGCUGAUGCACAACAAACCAAACCCGAUGAUCCAACCCGCAGUGGAGCGAGACGUGAUCAAUCGGACCUACAUUAUGGCGGUCAAGUAUUAUUCCGGGCUCGAGGACGAGAUUGAAGGGCCACGGGGUAGAACCGUGAACGUGGAGAAGAGGCUUCUCAGGAAUCUCUUCAUUCUAUGGUUUGCAAUCAGGCAUACUACCGGCAGCGCCUACAUUUGCGGCGACGAAAAGCUCGGCAUGGACCCCGAGACGAAGGACGACACAUACCCUCUCUUCGGCAAGGUCUCUCUGCCGCGCAUGGUCAUUGCUCAGUUCGACUGUAUAACACACACGAAAAUUCUGAGCAUCUACGGACGCGAAGUCUUGAAGGACCUCGAAGCCCUCGUCUUUCGCAACCAGCCACGCUGGUGGUGGACGAUCUACUUUUGCUUCUUCACCCUUCUCCACCAAGCAAGCUUCGUCAGCUCGGAUCGAUACCGGCAUGCCAGGAACAACUACGGUGCGAAGUACCGAUACUCCAUUCCCGGCUUCGUCGAGCAGCUGCACGAGGGCUGCAACACCAUCCUCUUGCACUGGCACUACUACAACUGCAGGGCCUGGCCUAAUCCCCUCGAACCGUGGCAUAGGCACAAGUCGUUCCUCUCCGAACUGAGUCCCGAACAGCACGACCUAGUCAUGGAAACCAUGACGGACGCACGCGUGCAGCGCCAGCUCGCCAUCUGGAAGCAUUACAAGGACAACAACGGUAGUCUCGGGGCGACCACGUCCGAUGACACCACAGCCUACCAAGCACAAUAUAUCGGGAGACAGGCGCAGAUUGACUGGGAUCACCCCUUGUACUGGGUUGCUCAGAUGUUCGAGGAACAAUGGUCGCCUCACCCAACAUACCAGCGCGAGUACGUCGAGUGA